AUGGCACCUAUGAAGCCGUUAUGCCUACCCUUUCGGGUGCCCUUAGCAAGGCUAUCUAUGAGAACAUGGCGCCCCACCCUACCCGCCGCCAGUUGCUCCUUAAUCAUUCCAACAAAGCCAGUUUCACUGCCGCUGCAGAGGGUAUCAACCUACACCUCGAAGAGCUCAGAAAUCUACGAAGCAAACCACGCUCCGCUUGCAAUUCUGGUAGGGAUUGUCACAACCGCAGCAGUCAGUGUUUUUGUUGCAAGGAAUAGAAAAGACAAGACACAGGAGUUAUUCACAGUGAAAUCAAAAACCGGUACCGAUCUCUUCGCAGAGACGUCGGCCGAUUAUUCCAAACUUCCCAAGGAGACUGCAGUUUUAACAGCUGCACCUCAUGUUCCACCGCCGAUUACAAGGGAUUACCCAGUGCUUCUCCAGGUGCCCUUAGCAACAAGCAUGAAAACGACUCAGCUAUCCAACGUGUACAAGUAUGAACAAUGGACCUUCAACGAUACUGUGCCUGGCCCAUUCAUACGCGCAAGGGUGGGCGAUAUAGUGGAACUCACACUGACCAACCGGGAUGUGACGGGAAACCCGCAUAACAUUGACUGUCAUGCAUUCACGGGGCCGGGAGGAGGUGCAGCGCUUACAACAGCUGAAGAGAAUGAGAGCAAGACCGGGCGGUUUAAACUGUUGCAUCCCGGCCUCUAUGUGUAUCACUGUGCCGCGGCGCCAGUGCCAGUGCACAUUGCCAACGGUAUGUAUGGGCUCAUAUAUGUACAACCGGAAGAUGGAGACCUGCCCCCAGUCGACCGCGAGUACUAUGUGAUGCAGAGCGAAUUCUAUCAUGAGCCCCCAGAAGUAUUGGAGAACGGCAAACGUUCGUCGACCGUGGAAUUCUCGUACCCUAAUGCACUGGAUGAGAAUCCAAAUCUUGUUGUCUUUAAUGGCAGCGAGUCUGCGUUGACUCGAGACCAGCCCUUGAAAGCGAAGACUGGAGAAUCAGUACGCAUAUUCUUCGGGAAUGCGGGUCCCAACCUAACUAGCUCCUUUCAUAUCAUCGGCACUACAUUCUGCAAGCUCUACCGUGACGGCGACGUGGUGAGUCCGCCUGCUAACUGGGUGUCGACUGCGAGUGUUCCUCCUGGAGGCUCUACCAUAGUGGAUUUGAAAAUGGCUGUCCCCGGAACAUACACCAUCGUAGAUCAUGCAAUCUUCCGCUUAGACAAAGGUGCCGUUGGCUAUCUGAACGUCUCGGGGAAGCAACGGCCAGACAUCUACCAGAGCACUCUGCCGCCUGCGCCAUGCGUUGGAUGCAAGCUACAUCCUUGA